GGCAACAACAUCCGAGGAGCCAAGUAUUUAAACAUGUGUUAACACUUAACUACCCAUGUACACGCCUACUAAAUUAGUUUAAUUUGGAACUGGAGUCUAGGCACAGAGCCUAUUGCACAGUACACGCUUUGACGUGAGUGAAAUGGAUGUGUGGAGGACUCUGCCUCCGUGCAUGCGUUUGGCUUUGCUCUUUUUCUUCAUGCAUUUUGAAAGUGUGUCAACUUUCGAGCUUACAUUGCUACACACCAACGAUGCUCACGCUCGGAUUGAGGAGAAUAGUAGAGAGUCGGGUAAAUGUAGCCCAGGUAGUCCUUGUUUUGGCGGAGUGGCCAGGAGGUUCACAAAAAUAGCAGACAUCCGGAGCAAAGAACGGAAUGUGUUAUUGCUGGAUGCUGGCGAUCAGUUUCAGGGUACUGUCUGGUUCAACUACUACAAAGGGGAGGAAGCUGCGUAUUUCAUGAACAAGCUUGGAUAUGAUGCGAUGGCAUUUGGAAACCAUGAGUUUGACAAUGGAGUGGAGGGCCUGCUCCGCCCUUUUCUGCAGAAGGUGAACUUCACUGUUCUCAGUGCCAACAUCAAGGCAGAUGCAACACUCGCCCCAACUAUCAAUGGUUACUAUCAACCCUACACAACAUUCACGAUGGGCUCUGAAAUAGUGGCUGUGGUAGGUUACACCUCAGUGGAAACUCCAGUCUUAUCCUUACCAGGUCCACACCUGAUCUUUGAGGAUGAGAUCAAAGCCUUGCAGGUCCAGGUGGAUAAACUGAUCACUCUUGGUUACAAUAAGAUCAUCGCCCUUGGUCACUCUGGAUUUGACGUGGAUAUAGACAUCGCCAAGCGAGUGAAAGGCGUGGACCUGGUCAUCGGCGGACACACCAACACUUUCCUCUACACCGGGAGUGUCCCAUCUUCAGAGGUGCCGGCGGGUCCCUACCCCUUCACGGUGAGGUCUGAGGACGGGAGAGAUGUCCCUGUGGUACAGGCUUUUGCCUUUGGGAAGUACCUGGGAUACCUCAAGUUGGUCUUCGAUAAAUCUGGGAACGUGCUGAAGGCGAAUGGAAACCCCAUCCUGCUGGACAGCAGCAUAGCCCAGGAUCCAGGUAUCCUUGCUGAUGUUGACGAGUGGAAGAAGAACUUGGCCCAGUACUCGUCUCAGUACGUGGGGAAAACCCUGGUGUAUCUCAAUGGAACCUUCAAUGAGUGCCGGUUCCGAGAGUGCAACCUGGGGAACCUCAUCUGUGACGCAAUGAUUCAUCACAAUAUCAAGUAUGCAGAUGAGAUCCAGUGGAAUCACGUCAGUUUAUGCAUCCUGAACAGUGGAGGCAUAAGGACAGGAAUAGAUGAAAGUCACAAAAAUGGCACCAUCACCAUGGAGGAAGUUAUAUCAGUCUUACCAUUUGGGGGCACUUUUGAUCUGGUGCAGUUGAAGGGAUCAACCUUGAAAAAGGCAUUUGAAAACUCUGUCCGAAGAUACGGGAGCAGCAGAGGAGAAUUUCUUCAAGUUUCAGGAAUCCAUGUGGAAUACGACCUGUCACGGUCGGUGGGGGACCGUGUGACGUCCUUGAGCCUCCGCUGCUCUCAGUGCCGUGUGCCCAGAUACGAAUCUCUGGACCCAGACAGGCUGUACAAGCUGGUCCUACCAUCCUACAUCGCAGACGGAGGAGAUGGUUUUACCAUGAUUAAGGAGGAGAAACUGAAACAUGACACUGGUGAUCUGGACAUCUCGGUUUUCGCCAACUACAUCAAGGAGAUGAAGAGGGUGUACCCAACUGUGGAGGGCCGCAUCAAGUUCAGAAACUCAUCCGUGGCGGCUGGGGCCAACUGUCUGACUUUGUUACUGCUAGGCCUGAUGUGGGCCCUGUCCACAAGUUUAUGAGAGAUUAUUUCCAGAAGAUCACAAUAUGGCAGGUUUCUGUGGUGAUGUGUCACAUAUUUCAAUUUUUCUAAAAUGGCUGCUGUUUAUGAGAAAGAGUAUUAUACUAUUUCAAGAAAUAAUGUAUUUAUAUUUGCAUUACUACAGUAUAUAGUAAUGCAGGGUAGCCUAGUGGGGGCGGCAGGGUAGCCUAGUGGUUAGAGCGUUGGACUAGUAACCGAAAGGUUGCAAGUUCAAACUCCCGAGCUGACAAGGUACAAAUCUGUCAUUCUGCUGUUCCUAGGCCAUCAUUGAAAAUAACAAUUUGUUCCUAACUGACUUGCCUAGUUAAAUAAAGGUAAAAUAAAUAUGCAGGUACAUACAGGCAAGUGACACGAAAACUGCCAAUGUUUUUUUUUGUUUUGUCACUUUUAUAGAGUCAUGUAUAUUUGUAUUUUAUUGUUGUUGUAAUUUAGCCGUAUUGAUUGACAUAUUUGUGAAAGUUAAUGAAAGCAAAAUAUUUUAGGUUAAAACCUUUUGAUACUCUCAGACCUCUUAAAGAUUUAGUAGAUGAAGAGCUGGUGCAUGUCAGAUGUGUAUUUUGCAUGCAGGAUAUGCAGCAGAGUGCCUUCAGAAAGUAUUCAUACCCCUUGACUUCUUCCACAUUUCGUUGCGUUCCAGCCUGAAUUUAAAAUGAAUUAAAUAGAUUAAGUCAAUUGGUAUGAAUACUUUCUGAAUGCACUGUACAGUAACUCUGACUGUCCUGUGUGUUCGGGGGAGGUGUUGUGUUUCCACUGAAGUGAUGACAGUUCCGAUGAAGGAAUCUAAAGAAUUCUCACCAUUUAGCUCUAAGGCAAGCCAAAUAAUAUCAUGGAAAAACCCAUGGCAUUAAAACAUCACUAUUUCCAAGUCUUUCCGGAAAGGCAGGACUGCAAGCUGCCAAUGACAGCGGCAGAGUGCAGACUAAAAUGAGUCAUGGCUCUGAACAUGCGCAUGUUUACUUCAUGAUAAUUAUAGGCCUAUAAGGGCACAAGGCGAGACCCAAAUGCAGACACAGGAGGCAGAUGGUAAAGCUCCGAUAUUUAUUAUAACAAAGGGAGUAGGCAAAGGCAGGUCGGGGACAGGCGAGAGUUCAUAACCCAGGUCAGAGUCCAAACAGUACCAGGCGAUAGGCAGUCUCAAUGCCAGGCCAGGCAGAGGUCAGAAACCAGAUCGAGUCCAAAACAGCACAAGGGGAUAGGAAGGCUGUUGGUCAGAACAAGCAGAGUGGUCAGGCAGGCGGGUUCGGAGUCAGUACAGGCAAGGGUCGAAACCAGGAGGACUAGAAACAAACAGAGACUGGGAAAAAUAGGAGCUUGGAAAACCGCUGGUUGACUUGGCAAACAAGAGGAACUGGCACAGAGAGACAGGAAACACAGGGAUAUAUACACCGGGGAUAAUAAGCGACACCUGGAGGGGGUGGAGACAAUCACAAGGACAUGUGAACCAGAUCAGGGUGUGACAAGGCCAGACAAGAAACGAUAUGGGGAGGUUUACAAAAGCAGCGACCAAGUUUGAUUAAUGAGUCUUCAGACGUUUUUAUUUUAUUAUCACAAUCAUGUUUAGUCACAACCCCUUUUCAGUAUUAUUGUUUUAUGAAUCAGUAAAAAUGAUCACAAGUGCAGCGGUAUGAGUGGUUUAAGUGCUGUAUAUACAGUUUAUUCCAACAACAUGCAGCAGAUGAAGCAGAGACUAAAGCCAGACAAUCCUCUUGCCACGUCCAUGGAGCCAUGUUAGAAGCAGCCUCCUGCUGUCCCUGCUGCUGGUUGUAAAAA